CCUGUACUGCUGUAGUAGCACGACAGCGGCUGCAUUUUUUCACCGUUUGAGAGCCUGCGACUCGCCAGUUUAGUUUAUCGAGAUUUUGUGUGUAUUUUGCAUGUAAUCUCUUCUGUGUUUUUUUCAUUUCUCGUAAAUUUCUACUUGUUUAUUCGAAUUUCAUUUUCCGAGUGUUGAUUUUCUUCAGUGUCGUGGUGUAUCUGUAUUCUUCUUUUGAAACAACUGCUCUGCAUUCCGAUGUGUAUACAAUAUCGUGUUGUUGUGUGUCGUUAACGUAUACGAAAGUUUAUUCAAUUAUUCGUUGUGGUACCUUUGUGAUUGGUCGGAAGAGUUUGUUUAGGAAGUUACACGGUCGAUUAACGAAUUAUUAAUAAUAUUUUCUCAUACCUAAGACGAUUAUUUCGAAUCGAAUUACUAUGGAGUCGUCGAGUUGAAACUUGAAACUUGCCAAGUAUUCUUCCAUUGUCCAUUUUUGUACCACCAAUGACUAUCAUAUACGAUACAGCGCGUAAAAAAGAGCCUCCUCCUGCUACGCAGACCGAGCGCGAAUUAUGUCUUAAAUAUUUCGAAAAAUGGAGCGAGCAAGAUCAAAUUGAAUUCGUUGAGAACUUACUAGCGCGGAUGUGUCAUUAUCAGCACGGUCACAUAAAUACCUUCCUUAAACCAAUGCUGCAGAGAGAUUUUAUAUCCUUAUUACCGAAAAAAGGAUUAGAUCACGUAGCCGAAAAUAUACUAUCGUAUUUAGACUCCGAAUCGUUAAAUCAAGCAGAGCUUGUAUGCAAAGAAUGGCGUCGAGUUAUAUCCGAAGGUAUGCUGUGGAAGAAAUUAAUAGAAAGAAAAGUCAAAACCGAUAUGUUAUGGAGAGGUUUAGCUGAACGAAGAGGCUGGAUACGGUUUCUAUUUAAACCUAAACCAGGACAACAGCAUCUCGAACACUUUUCAUAUAGAGCAUUAUUUCCUAAAAUAUUAAAAGAUAUCGAAACGAUAGAAGAAAACUGGGCAAAUGGUAAAUUUCUAUUACAAAGGAUAAAUUGUAGAUCUGAAAAUUCAAAAGGCGUAUAUUGCCUACAGUACGACGAUAAUAAAAUAGUUUCCGGUCUCAGAGAUAAUACUAUUAAAAUAUGGGAUAGGAACAAUUUAAUGUGUACCAAAGUGUUAACUGGCCACACCGGUUCAGUGCUGUGUUUGCAGUACGAUGAUAACGUGAUAAUUAGCGGUUCCAGCGAUAGCACAGUUAGAGUAUGGGGUGUAAAGUCUGGUGAGAUGAUUAACACGAUAAUUCAUCAUUGCGAAGCAGUUUUACAUUUACGUUUUUCAAACGAUAUGAUGGUUACCUGUUCUAAGGAUAGAUCGAUAGCUGUAUGGGACAUGGCGUCUCCGACUGAAAUAAUACUUCGUAGAGUAUUGUUAGGCCAUAGAGCAGCCGUCAACGUUGUAGAUUUCGAUGAUAAAUAUAUCGUAUCGGCGUCCGGCGAUAGAACUAUCAAAGUGUGGAAUACGACGUCGUGCGAAUUCAUUCGCACGUUGAACGGCCACAGGCGCGGAAUCGCUUGUCUGCAGUACAAAGAUCGUUUGAUCGUUAGCGGCAGCUCCGAUAAUUCUAUUCGUUUAUGGGAUAUCGAAUAUGGUAUUUGUUUACGAGUCUUGGAAGGACACGAAGAAUUAGUCAGAUGUAUUAGGUUCGAUAAGAAACGUAUCGUUAGUGGAGCUUACGACGGUAAAAUUAAAGUAUGGAAUUUAACGGCCGCACUUGAUCCACGAACUCCAGCGUCAUCGUUAUGUUUACGAACUUUAGUCGCUCAUUCGCAGGAACACACUGGACGUGUAUUCAGAUUACAAUUUGACGACUUUCAAAUUGUCAGUUCUUCUCACGAUGAUACGAUAUUGAUUUGGGACUUCCUAAAUUAUAACAGUUCGGCGGAUGAACCUAACAACCAUCCUCCUCAACAUAAUCCCAAUAAUUUUCCUCCAUUACAAAUACAUCCGAUUCAUGCGAAUCACGCGAAUCAUGUGAAUGCAAAUGCCAAUGCUGACUUUGCUGCAAAUCAAAACCAUAAUAAUGCCGAAUCGGAAGACGAAGCGUGAAAUAUCGGAGGAGAACUUUAACGAGUACUACAUAGAUAUUAUACGCGGAUUACUUAGUGGCGUAACAUGCCUAAGAAUAUUAUGACUGUUACGAGUCACUGCCUAUUGCCACUUCUUUUUUGUACUGUGAUAAUCAUUCUCGAAACGAAGAAAGGAUAUGUUACGAUAAUUAUACUGUAUUUUGUAGGAUCGAAGCAUCCUUUAAAUGUUUUGUACGUGUAUUGAAUUUGUUGUAUGUUUGUCUGAGUGUGCGUGCGUGCGUGUGUAAUAUUAACCACAUUUUUAAGUAGUGUUUCUCUCUCCUUUUCGUCCCUGUAUUUUCUAUUUCAUGGUUUAUUUAUAUUUUUAAAUGUAUACAUUUCAUUCAAGCGUUCUAGAUGGUACGAUGUAUUUAUUAUUUUUUUUUUUUAAAGGGGCGAAUUCGAUAUUAUAAAAGCGUGUAUAUGAGGCGAUGUAUAGUAUUUUCAGUAUCUGCUACAGAAGAUAAAAUAUUUAUGGUAUACGGUAUCGUAUAUGCGGGGAUUUCUUGAUAGAAAAAUUGAACGAAAUUAAUCAAUUGUUCUUUAUUUUUUUUUUGAUUUUUUUUUGUUUCUCUGGUAGCACGAUCGUACGUAUUAUUUUUGUAUCGUAAUUUUAUACGAGUAAUAAUUUUAUCGGACUUUUUAAAUAUGUAUUUGUUAGAAUUUUCUUUCUGUUUUGUUGUCGUUUACACGUUGCGUUUUCUUUAUUAUUUUCUUUUGUUUUGUUUUUCUUAUGUAUUAUGUAUUUUAAAAGAUUUUUUUUAUUUUCUAGCUGCGUGCGAAGAAAGGAAAAAAACGAAUUUUCGCUUCGAAGCUGUGCAAUAUUAUAAAAAAAGAGGUUUUAAGCACAAAAUUUACCAUUUUUAAAACGUUUAUGAAUUUUAAUCGUAUUUUGAAUUAUCGAACCGUGUACUGGCGACGUUGCUAAUGAUUUUUUUUUCUUUUUUCGUUAUUGUUGUACGUGUGUGUAUUCAGAAAAAAAAACUCGUAGGAUUGUCCGUCGUUUUCAAAUUACUGAUUUAAAAACUAGGAUCGGUUCUCGAGGUUCGUUUGUGUUGCUUUUUUACGCGUUGAAAUUUUAUUUUUAUUUUUUAACCAGUCUACCAUGUUGGGGUUAUGGGUUUGUUACGAAUAAGGAAUGUAUCGCAGCCUAAUUUAUUGAACAAAUUGUAAACUAUAGAUUAUAUAUAUUUCUAGGGUAGUGCGAAACAAUCGUUUUAUUUCCUCAUCUCUUUUCUUUCUCUCCCUUUCUUUACUAUUUUUCAUGUAAGAUAUGAUCUUUUUUGUAUAUAUUUCUCAGUUUUUAUUUAUGAUUAAUUUGUAGUAUUAAUUGCGUAUAACACUUGUAAAUAACAAGUUUUGAAUAAAGCUGUUUACGAAAAUA